GCCAGUGUGGGUGGGGGAUUAUUCAAAACUCUGAAAUGUUUAAUAGUCUGUAAAUAAAGUUAGUAUUGACAUUAUUGAUGUUUGCUCGGUUGCUACCUAUUUUUAUUAUCAGUCGCGGUUGUCAGCGCCAACUAGAAAAUCUAGGACUAAAUGUGACGUCAUCAAGCGCAAGGAGACACGAUGAAGGUGUAAACAGCUGAAUGUUUUGGUCGACCAUCUGGCUGGUUGUUGACAGACGGGAGAGAUGGCCAUACCAGCUUCAGCUGUCGCGUCGUUCGGACGUUAGAAUUCUUUAUUGUAAUACAUCAUGGGAAACUGCUUUAAGUCUCAAAAUACUGACGACAUUUCGCUUUUACAUGGAAGCGAAAGCCAGGAAAACCACGGGCCUGACCCAGGACCAGUACUAGGACCCCCACCUCCAUAUCAGGAGGCACAAGUUGUUCCAAUUUACCAUCCAUCACCAAAUGUCAGUCGUCCUGCCACUCAGCUUACUGAGGAGGAGCAGAUCAAGAUAGCACAGAGACUUGGCUUAAUCAACCACCUUCCAACUGGAAUAUAUGAUGGGAGUAGUAAAAAGGCAAAGGAGUGUGUCAUCUGCAUGUGUGAAUUUAUGCUGGGCGAUGUGCUUCGCUUUUUGCCAUGUAUGCACGUGUAUCACAAGGACUGCAUUGAUGACUGGCUGAUGCGUUCCUUCACAUGCCCUUCGUGCAUGGAGCCAGUAGAUGCUGCACUGUUAACAACAUAUGAGACAAGUUGAUGAACAUUGUUGCAGUGGAUAAACACCAGCUGAUGAAACCAUGAAAUGAACUCCUGGGUACCUCAGCAAGGGGGAUCCUUCUCCACAUUCAUUUCUUGUCUUUCCAUCCCAACUUCCAUCUUUGAAUGGGAGUGGAAUAUGCACAGGGAAGCCAGUCGUUUUCUAUUGCUGUUGUAAGAUCAUGGCCUAUAUCUUAGCUAUGAGCUUUUUUUGCUGAAAUAAAUAGUUCUUUACCCUUGGGUGAAAAAGCAUUUGAAGGUUUUCUGCUGUGAAAAAAGAGUUUACCUAUGAGUGAUGAAUAUUUGAGUGGUAUCGACAUCAACAUUGAUGGGAAUUUAAAAAUAAGUGAUAAUGUUAGGUAGAUAUUUUCCUGUUCUUUUGGAAACAGAAUAUGAACAGGUGAAGAAUAAAAAUAUAUUUUGCAAAUGAAAGUUGCAUUUUUUAUGAGAAUUGAAGCUGUUUACUUAAAGACUUGAAGAUGGUCACAAGAUACUUCAUUUGCUGAUUACACAGACGUAUAUUUGGUCUGCUGUGAGUGAUUAGAUAUAGAAACAUUGACCUAUAACAACUAGAAAAGAUUUUUAUGGAGCACACCUGCUGAAUGAAGUACCACCAUGUAUUAUUGUACACCUGUGAUUUGAGAUUAUGUUAAACAGUGCAAGAACAAUACACAUAAAGCAUACAAAUUUUACUUUCUUUUAUUCAGAGAAUUUACCAAUUAGAUAUUUAUUGCAUUGUCCAUUACACUGUGCUGUGUGCAGGAUACAGUUUUCAUUAAGCCUUAUGUAAAGAUCUUAAAAACUGUAGAAUGUGACAUACUGUAUGCAAAACAAUAGUGUGUGUAUGUAUAUAUACCUCUUGUCUCAAGUAACUUAUUUCAUACUUUGAGCCUUAGUGGAUGAACAGUCAGAAUUUUAUGAUGAUUUCACCACCCCACCGCUCCCAAAAAUAAUAUGGUGCAGAAUGUUGUUUCUAGAAUGCAGCCAAUAUGUAACAUAGUAUGUUGAUAGUGCACUUUUAAAAUUGAUUUUUUUUUUAUUUACUCUGUAAUAAUAAAAAUUUACACCUCUAUGACUGUACUUCCAGCUGCUUGCCUGUCAUGUAACAGUCAUAAGAGAACAUUAUUAGGUCUUGUUUAUUAUGUGUUCCAGACACUACAACGCAAGAUACAAUAUGUUAAUGCAUAUAAAUACUUGCUGGUUUUAAAGCCUGCUUUCAUUUCCACACUUCUUCUUAUUUAUGCUUUUUGCCAGAUACUGUGAUGGAGGCUUGCUUUGCCUCUUGGUUGGAGGGUGUGAUUGAUUCCGUGCCCGUUAGUGUUGCAGCAAGUUUAUACACUUUCUUCAAUUUAAUUCAAAGCUUUGACUUUUUAAAAUAAUGCUUUCGUCUUAACAAAAAUCACUUGAAUGUGUGAGAUGUUUUGCUUAAUAGUUUCAUCUGUAAUACUUUUUUUUACUGACAUUGUGAUCACUCGUAAGGGUCCAUAAUGCUUCAGAUUUUUUUAAACCUGAUUUUUUGUUUUCUGCCAUAGUUGCUACCUUUUUUUUAACUUAUUCAUUAUUUUUAGUUCAUUUUUGUGUACUACAUUUUUAGUGUGUGACAUUAUUGGAACAGUAGCAGAUUCUUGUAGUGUGUCCUGGCUAAACUUAGCACAUAAAUAAGUACUUAUUAAAAUGAAACUAUUUCUAUGCUUGUGGUUUUUCUUCAUAGAGUACAAAACCUAGUUCUACUAAAAUUAGGGAGACAAGAGUAAGUUCAUUUCAUCAGAUUUCCAUUAGUUAGAGUCGUACAUGAUAGCUCUCUAGUCAUUUAAGUAACAUUCCCAGAACAUUGUUAUGCAAAUUAUUUAGAGGCCAGGCAAUGAUUAUUUAAUGGUGCCAGAUAGAAAAAGUCCAAGUACAAUUUUUUUUUUUCAGGAGCUGGUUAAAUGCUAAAUUAAUAAAAAGGGCGGGCUUUUAUUUUUAUGCUGAAAUGUUGGUUUGCUGUCAUGAAAAUGAGUCUUGCAUCAAUGAUAAAGAUAUAGCUGUGUUUUGAGUCUUAACUGUUGUAAUGUCCCAUAAUAAUUGUGUACAUACAAGGGAUGCAUUCAGCUGCCACACAGAGCCAAUGUUGUUUGUGUCUUCGGAAAGAAGAGAUUUUUCAUGGAAGAAAGUUGUGUUGACCUAUUUUGUUCUUUCUCACGUGUAUUUUUGUACUCGCCACCUAAAACUGAUCUCAAAGUUUUGUCAUUGAAAGGAAGAGCAGACAUUGGAUUAUUGGAAAGCACAGUAUAUAUGCUUACUCCUCGUUAGUCUGCUGAAUGAGGGACCCAAACCUGGAAAAGAAUAAAAUUGUGUAGUCAUGUGCUGCAUGUAAAGUGAUUAGUGAAGUCAAGAGGGAAUAGUUGUGUUCUUCCCAAAUCUUUGUAUAUAAAGAUGAAGCUUUGUAAGCACAUUUAAUAAAAAGGAAGAGGCCAAUAUGCUAUUUUGAAAACAUCCAGCUUUUGUCUUUCCAUUUUCAAAUGAGUGGUACACACAACACUCAUUAUGUGUCUAUAAGAGGUAUAUAUAUAUAUGUCUGGGAGUAAUUUCUCCUUCAUUAUAUUUGGUACGAAAUGAUGGUAGCUGUAGUAUUUCAGGCAUUUGAUGUCUCACUAGAUUAUUGACAGAGCUGGCUUUAUGAGAAGAAAGGAUUUUUUGACUUACUGUUCUCCCUCAAAGAAAAGUCAUGGGUGUUUAUUGUGGUUUAACGUGAUACAAUUGAGUUUUACUCAAGCUAAAACCUGUCCGCAUUCUGUUUUCAAUAAACUGUGGCAUUUCAUAACAUUCUUUGUACAAAUUCCACAAAGAUUUUACUACUUUCAAAAAGUUAUGAACACUAAAAUUAAAAGUCAUGCCAUCAAGCCUAAAUAUGUCUGACUUUAUAAAGAAUAGAAAAAGUACAGAUCACAUCUGGUUUCUCUUUUUGUAAUUCAGAAGAGGUGAAGCUUAAAAACAUUUACUAAAUAUGUAACUAUAUAAUUUGUGGUUGUAUUCACCCUAUGGGCUUUACAUAACUGCUCUAGUUGUUUGCUAUUAUAGGUUUCUAGGAAGGGGUUAAUGCUUUCAUUUUAGGUUGCUUGUAAUUAAAAUUCAUUGAUUCAUGUUGGUAUCUUGCUUGGGUUGAUUUUCAAUUUAGAAGCAUCAUUGAAUUAACCAGUAUCCUUGAAAUAUCCCUUUAGAAAAGUACUUUAUACUUUUAAAUUUAGCUUGUUAUAUGCAUGAAAGAAUGGGUAGGCAAAUGGAUGGGCAUAGCCUACAUUUCUUUAUAACAAAUCAUUAAACAUGUAAAAGUGAUUGCAAUCAAAUUUAAAGCAUCCCUGCACUUACCACAGACAUACAAAUGUAAGCAUGCAUGCAUGGACAUUUUAUAUUCAUUUUAACAUUAAAAAUCCAAGAUUGUCAAUGAAUGAUCACUUCCUUAAACACCAUCUACUGUAAAUACAGAAGAGAGACAAGACAAAUCCACAAAUACAGCCCAUUCAAAGAGGGAAUACAUAUGUGAUAUAUGCUUUAUGAUUGCAAGCCAAAAUCAUCUUGCAACUGCUAAUGCUUGGUGCGCUUGAUUAAACAUGUGAUUCUUUUUUCAGAUGUACAACAAAACAAAAUUGUCCAUUUACAUUGUUGAAAGAGUUUGCAUAAUUGGAAUGAAAUUUGAACUCACUUGCCCCUUGUACAUAAAUGUUUUACAGACUGUGAUGAAAAUGAAGAAAAAAAAGCUUGUUUGCCUGAUUGACCCUUGUUGCAAGUCAUGAGAAGUUGCAAAAAGAAAAAAAGCAGUUUUUAAAGGAAUUAUGUGAGUUCAUCUAGUUUUUUUCCCCCUCAUAAUUGUGGGUUUUGACAGACUUGGUUUCACAUCACGUUGUGGCUUGGUGUAUUGGUAAUUGCAAAUCUUCCUAUUUUGAGAUUUGCUUUUUACUGUUACUCCGCACAUCACCAUCACAAAAUAAACUGUAAAUCUGUA